AAUAGAACCUAUGGGUAUCAAAAAAACCUCUGCAACUGUUUUUCUUGUAAUUAUAUUGACAAUUUCGUUUUCUUAUUACGAUGUUGAGGCCGAGUCAGUGAUCGAGCCAGCAAAAUAUGGUGCUUGCCUUUUUCUAUGUGAUGCUAGACGGGAUGAUCAUGCAUGCUUCUAUGACUGUACUAAUGUAGCUAUUUACCGGACUGGACAUUGUGUUGGAAAUCCUCCACGCUGUUGUUGCAUCAGAGGAUAAUAAUCGAUUUAUCUUCAUGACUUCAUCAAUAAUUGGUGAAUGGAGCUUGAUUUAUGUGUUUUCUAGUAUAUGAUUCUAAAAGAUGAACUUUUUGAAUUGUUGUUUUUCAAUUUCUUGAUAAUGAAUAAAACAUAUAACUUAUCAUGAAUUUUGGUAUUGGAUUAUGAUUUUUGAGAGCUUAUAUGAUCCAAAGCAGAGAACUUGGGGAGUGGUGAAAGGCCUUGAAGAAGGAUUAUUGCCUGGCGCUUGUAAGUGGUCAAAAUGAGUUACCCUGGUGGGAAAUUGGUUCUGUUCUUGCAGAAAACAGAGAUCUUGUGUUUGCAGAAAAAUUGCAAACCGAAUCUUACAUUUUCCAUAUCUCCUUACCCAUUUUAUGUUCGCAGAAAAAUGAAAGACGUAAAUUAGAUUUCCU